AUGGCGAGCAAAGACAGCGGUACCCAAGGGAAGAGCCCUAAGAAGGUGAACCUAUUGGAUCAGAACGCCAUCAAGAACCUUCUCGAUGAAUCCAUCACCGAGGUAGGAGCAGAAUUGGAGACCAGGAGAACCGCCGGAUCUCUUAUCUUCCGGUUGCCGGAGUUAUAUGGUCGAUCUCGAUAUCAUCUGAGAAUUUUGUGCAUUCUUUUGUUUGAUAUGUUUUCCCUUAUUGCUUCUCGCGCGAUCUAGAUUGUGACCAGCAAAGGUUAUCCGGAGGACGUGAGGACGAGUAACAUGAGGCUGCUGAUUGGAACGGUUAUUAUUGGCAUCGCUCUGCUUGCCCAGUUCUACCCGAAGAAGUUUCCGGAGAAUAAAGAUUUUCUUUUUGUCUGCAUUGGAUUAUAUCCUUUCUCUUGUCUUGAAAAUUUCUCAUUCAUGAGAUUUCGUUUUCAUUUCCUCUCCGUGGAAAUCGCAUUGAAUGGGAGCCGCAUUUUUAUUCAUGCUAUCCUUGACUUAUGUCUCGCAAGUAUGUCGUUUUAAGCGCGCUGUUGCAGGUCAUCACCUACACGAAAGAGAAGAACGCCAUUCUUUUCACCCAUCCUCCUCCUGUGAGUUUCCAUUACAUUUUAGCUUGGAUGGCCUUUUCUCUACUGAAGUUUUCAAUCAUUGAAAUAGUUAAUGGUGCCAUGAGUAAUUUAUUGCUGUAUCUUUCUGUUCGUAGAUUGCUGAUGAUAGUUACCAUUUCUUUCAAUUUGAUCGGGCUUUCUGUAUACUAUAUCACUCUAUGCAUAAUAUAUUACAUUCUUUUUUGAGGAAUUUGCAUACUGUAUUACACUCUCUUCUGCUGAAGCACACCUUUUCUGGUACUUUAGUUAAGCAGUACAACUGUCUUCAUGCGAUCGUGGUUCCCAGGGCGAGUGGAUUUUCAUGUCACGACACAACACUGAGUCCAGUGGUCUGCCUGACGCCAUCAUGGUACAAUGUGGGGAACCGUCAAAGGCCGUGGAACCUUCCAUAAAAACCAAUUUCGAUUGAAAAUUUGUUUCCUUGGUGUUAUUGGUUGUCUCCUAGAUGAGAAAAAUAGUUCUUAUGACUUUUUAUCAAAGUAGCCCGAAUAUUUACUUUUAUGGGUCAUUGCCUGUACGAGUUUUCGUUUUAUGUUAGGUGGUUUUUCAUGCUUAGUGUGCUCAUGUGCAUGUGAAACAGCAUCUACUUGACUGCUUUUACAGAUAGGGAAGUAGGUGUAUACUUUCAGUAGGGUGUGGGUGAUCGAAAAGCUGAAUCCUGAUAUUUGCACAAUUUUAGUUGUCUUUCUGUCUUUUCUAAUCACAGAACAUCAAUUUUUUCACUUUUUUUACUAUUUCCAAAAAGUAGUUCACUCUAGUAUGAGCCUGUGGAUUAUCAAUUUUACUAUUCUCAUCUGGAGAUGCUGUAUCCCUCUAGAAGUAGGGCAACAGUUAUUGGUUCGUAAAGUACAGCAUUUGUCUAUCUACUUCUGCUUCUUUUUCUUCUCCUCCUCUUCCUCUCUUCAUUUUUUUGUUUUUUCUUCUUUUAUGCCAAAGUAAACAGUUUCAGCCGAGGUUGGUACUGGAUCCAAAAAUGGUCAGGGUUGAUUCAGUUCCAGAAUCUAAUUUCUUAAACAUUUUAUUGAAGUCUAUAUUAUUUAAUUUGGAUAAUAGUUUUGUACUUUUUGAUUUGACCUAAUUGUAUUAUGAGUGGUUCUUGGUUCUGUGUCAUUAUGUGAGUGUUGUUUACACGGGAGGUAUCCUAUGAUUCCAGCAUUGGUACCUUCAAAAAUGUACAUAUGACAGAUAGGCUCUCGAAUAACUAUCAGAUUUUAAGAUGAACAACAUUUCGAGGAAAAACGUGACAUUCGUAAUUUUUAUCAAAAUUUUAGGUGAAUGGUUUCCUGUCAUCGUGUUUCUGCCAAAUACUUCAAAUAGUAUUUUUCCAUGUGUGGAAACUUAACUCAUUUGCACAGUCUUUAUGUAACUUUUGAAGUAUACAGAAGAAAAGUGGGAAGGAAUACAGCUACCUUAUUGUGAGGACCUUAAGGGAAUAUGUAGAGGGUGGUCGAAGAUGGCAUUUUUUUAGAUAUUGGAGGAGUUUUUUUGCUUCCUGUUGCCAAAUGUGUUGUUCAUGCUUUAAAAGAUAUUCACUUAAAAGGCAAAAUGCAGGCCUUAUCUUGAAUAUUUUUCUUGUCAAAGAGAGUGAAAAAUCUUGAAGAGGAGCAUAGUCCCCUUGGGCUGAACUACAUUUUUAGCAUCCUAAUGAUUUAUCAUUAAGAUGUGGAAUGCAAUCUGUACCUGUAUGGUACGAGUUUUCGAUUCUGAUAAAUGUCUAGUUUCUUGGAAUUCAUUAAUUGUGAACUGGUGAUUCUUCUCUUUCUUGUGGCUUUGCUGGUUUAGUUUUAAAGAUUGUAACAUUGUUAAGUAUGGGUGGGAAUGCUUAUUUAACAUAUUAACGUCCAUAGUACUUCAUGGGUUUGUCAAUUUUUAUUUCACUCUUGUUCUAAUGUAUUCAAUUGGAGGAUGGACGAGUUUCAUCUUCUAGACAAUGAGUUAUUGUCCCCUUUCACACUUAAUAUCAUUUACGUUCCUCUGACCAAUUGCAAUUUUGCAUCUGCAUGCCUCCAGACAAUACAGUGCUCGUAAGUUGUCUAUGUGGUUUAUUUAUUAAAUUGUUGCAACAUGUUCUCCCAUAUGAAUGCUCUGUGGUAGUCUUGAAAUGUUAUUUGUGAAAUUGUUGUCGUGUUUCUUAGGGUUCUUUUCACACCACUGGGCUUAUUGUAUCGUCAAAGCUGCCAAGGUUUUCAGACAUGCUUACCCUGACUGUAGCAAGUGCGGAUCCCAAAUCUGUUGCUUCAAAUAAACCAGUUCAACUCACAAAGAGCGUUACAGAAUGGUUAGUGUUCUAUUAUAUGUGAUUUUUGAUUUGUGAUUGACAGACUGCCAACAUUUUAUGUUUGGAAAAAUUUCAGAGUUGAACAUGUAGUUGAAGGAUUUCAAGAGUUGUCAGAGUACCUUAGAAUUGACCAAUGUUGGGUGGGUCAACUGAUUAUAUGGGCUAGAAUCGGCCCAGAAUUCUCCCAUACAAGGUCAACUCAUAUUUGCAGAUCCUGGCUAAAACAAGGAGAGAAGCCCAGUAUAUAAUUAAAUGGCUGCUAAGGGUUGUCCACUGGGUCGAUCCAAUCUUCAUUCAGAUCUGACCCAUCCACCCUGUUGACCAUAAUCUACGUAUCUUUGCUCAUAUUAACAUAUGUGUUCAUCAUUAGAGAGUAGCCAUAGCAAGCUCUUCAUUUACGUUUCAAUCACCUCUCUCACCCUUUCUGCGAUGCUCUUAGAACUGACUAUCACUUCACAUAAUUGCAUCUUCUCAGCGGCUCACAUCUGCUUGUUCUUCAGGUUCACCAAGGAGGGGAUUCUCGUGGAAGGUCUCUUCUCAAAGGACGUGGAGAGACUGAUUGACGACUAUGCCGCAGACAGAAAGCGCAAGUAG